AUGUACGUUGAGGGAUACGACACUUCGCUUUCUGGCCUUAGUCUCGUUUUGUCUAUGAGAAAACAUUUCAAAUCAUGUGGAGAGCUGUUGCAUGUUUAUAUUCCCGGAUACAUGAAACUCAGAAUUCUCAACAGAUUUGCCUUGAUUUAUCUUCGGGGAGAAGGUGCAGAGGAGAAGGCGUUGAAACUUAGCGGAAGUUGCAUGGGAGGACACACGUUAGUCGUGGAGCCUUACCCGUUUCAUGCCACACACCUUGACCAUAAGUUUGCUCCUACGAGAUACUUUGACAAUUUCAAAUAUAUCAGGAUGUAUUUUGAAGGAUAUAACACUUCGCUUCCCUUGGAUUAUGUCGAGAGCAUGCUGUAUCAAGAACUCGCUAAAUGUGGACGUGUCUUGAAUAUAGACGUUGACCAAGACGUAGAAAACGAAGCUCUUCUCGAAAGAGUCGCCCUCGUUGCUGCCGAGGGAAUAGACAUGGUAGAGAGGUUGCUGCAAAUAUGUGGUAGUGAUGUGAAAGGAUUGGAGAAUAUUAAAAGUAGUGGUGUUCUUACUCCAGAAUCAGACGAAGCUAGCACCGGCAAUUUGUCACCGUGGCAUUUUGAUUCUACUCCUUCCAGGACUACUUCGGUAAUGGCUGCUAGAGCUCCUGAGGAUCCAUAUCUCCCUAAGCCGCCAUAUUUGGGUAGCUUUCUCCCUUAUCCAUGGAAUGCUCGUGUGGAUAGUGGGACUGGUUAA